GAUAAUCAAUGAUGUUCAACAAUGAUAAUUCAGAAAAGAUUGGGAUGUUUAUAUUACUUUUGUGCGCAUUUGGAUUUUGCACUGUUAGAGCAAACUUCCUGAAAAAGAACUGGUGUGCGGAUGUCACUGAUUGCUAUUGCUACAAACUCGACACCGACAAGGUUACAGCAGAAAACCAACUGUUUGUAUCAUGUGACAAAUAUGACAUUAGGAUAAUGGACCUUCUACCUGUGAUGAAUAUAAGUAUUCUUCAAUUUAAAUAUGUAUCUUCAAGAACAACAGAAUCUUUGAGGAAUUUACGAAACAAAACAACGCAACUGAAAAAGUUGAGUCUAUCCGGUGGUAGUUUGCAAUAUUUUGACAUGCGAUGGCUACCAGAUACGAUAAAAGAAUUAACAAUCAAAGAAGUAAAGAUCGACCAAUUCAUUCCACAAAAUAGAAAUUCAAGUCUAUGCAAGAACGAAAAAGUCAGACUUAAAAAUCUGACGAAAUUAACACUCACCAAACUUCAAAAAACAAUUCCAUGCAUUCCAGAUUCAGUUUCCAAAAUUUUAUUGGUAGAUAUCAACAUCACAAAUGGCACGGCAUGGCCAAAAUCAUUAGCACAAUUUGAAAAUAACAUUCUACGGAAAAGGAAGUAUGCCACAAAAUUCACUUCAGCAAAUGAAAAUUUGACAUUGGUUUGGUUAACAUCUAUUCCACUCCGAGAGGGAAAUAUUCCACAUAUAGGAAGUGAAAGUACUCUGAAACAUUUGAUGAUCCUAUCAUGUAACUUGCAUUCAAUCCAACCAGAAUCUUACUUAAAUUUAAGAAACUGCACACAGUAAAUAUGAAGAGUAACAGAAUAUCCAGGUUUUAUGCCAAGCUACCACUAACAGUUAAAACCUUGUUAUUAUCGUUUAAUGAGAUUACAGAAAUAUCAAAAAUCAAUGGCUAAAUUCAAGUCUGAAAUACUAUAUUUUAAACCAAAACCAUCUCGAGUCAAUGCCACUGGGUCUGCCAACACAAUAGAAGACCUCAAUUUAGCAUAUAAUCAAAUCAGCAACUGUCCUACAGAAGCUUUCCACCACUUGAGCAGAUUGAAAAUACUGGAUUUAUCUCAUAAUAGGUUGCUCACAAUGCCUAUCGGAAUUCAUCCUGGACUACUUGACUACAGCAUUAGUUACAACCUUAUAAGCCUUGUACCAGAUUCACAAGCCUACAAUUUCUGCACACAAUGUAGACAAUUUGGAUUUGGAAACAACAAAUGGCUUUGUGAUGAUAAAUUUUUUGAAAUGAUGUUAUGGAUAGUGACAAAUGCUGACAAUGAUGUGAUAAAAAUGUUUUACUUGAAUUUGCAUUCAUUCUCGCAUGGCGAAUGUACAAGUUUGCCCAAAAAUGCUUUGACGAAAAAAUAUUUGGAACACGCCAAAACCUUCAUGCAACAACUUAAAAGCAUACCAUUUGCCAAUUGCCGUUAUGAGUCACAGAAAAUACUCAACUGUACUAAUGCCAAACUCGAUAAUUUUCCGAAUUCACCUCCGGAUGGUCUAAAAAAGGUGGUAAUUAAAGGAAACAAAAAUCUUAAGGAAACUCCAGACUAUAUAUUUUCAGCACAAACUACUUUGAAAGGACUGGAAUUGAGUGAAAAUAACCUGAAAAGAAUUCCAUAUGGGCUUCCUUCAAUGAUAAUGCACCUCGUUUACAAUACAACAACAUCACGGAAUAUCAAGCCGAGAUGUGGAAGCUUUCAGUUUUUUGAAAGACUUGAAAGAAUUAUAUCUGGAGGGCAACAAAAUUAGAACUUUAUAUAGUAAUCAGUUCAAAUACCUGACAAAACUACGUUGGAUAGGAUUAGAAUCAAAUGAAUUGGUUUGUGACUGCUCUCUGCAAUCCCUUAUAGAGUGGUACCAAAAGUUAAUUCCAGUACUUCAUUAUGAGAGUAAGCUUGCAAGAUAUGCGAGAUGUAAAUAUCCUACAAGGUGGAAUGAUCGUGACAUUAGGAAAAUGCAUUGGAUAUACGAGUAUGAAUUACAAUGCAGACCACCAUCAUGCAAAUGGAAAGAACUCGAGAUGGACGAUAUUCUUAACUGUUCAAUUGCUGCACAAAAGGAAGAAAAAUAUUACAUGUUCUCCAAACCAGAUCCUGUCAUAGGAGCCCUGCCAAAUAUACCUCGAAACAAGCUUUGGAAGUCUUUGAUUAUUAGUGGUCUAAAAUUAAAUGAUGACGACAUUCAGCUGAAACAUCUAAAAAAUCUGAUCCACGUUGACAUUUCAGAAAAUCAACUGACAAGAUUGCCAAUAGAAAAUUUACCAACCAAUGUGGAAGAAUUGCAGUUGAAUAAAAAUUAUAUCACAAACUUACCCACAAAAGAAAAUAUACUACAGAACGUACCAAAACUGCGGCUCGUGAAUCUCAGGAAUAACAAAAUCAAAAUACUUAGUGUUAAAGAGGUCCAGCUGCUCCCAGUGAUUGGUUCUGUAUUUAUGCGAGGAAAUCCUUUUGUGUGCAACUGCACUCUUAAUCAUUUCAUCACAUGGGUAAAAGCAAACGGAAGUUCUCUCAGCCAGAAUGGAAAAUAUGACAUUCAGGAACUUCGGUGUGACAGUCCAAAAGAAAUAAUGGAUCAAAGAAUUCAAGAUAUUUCCUCAGAAGAUGUGUGUCAGAGUAGUGCCUCAAUAAUUCUCAAAGCAGGAAUUUCUGCGAUGGUGGCUGUAAUAAUUUUAACGCUACUUAUAGUAGUUUUUCUGUAUAUGAAAAGACGACGUGACUACAAAGCUCAGAUAUUGAAUGGUUUUCAAAAGCUUCUACAACAAGAAAAUACCUUAUAUAUGAAACAAGAAACAUUUGGAAAAGACAAUGAAACAUUUGUAUUUGAUUGUUUUGUUGCCAGUGAAGAUACAGAACACGACAAUAAAUAUUUAGAAAAAAAUUCAAGAACUUGAAGAAAAACGAGGUUACACCCUUUGUAUCGCACAUAGAGAUUUCCCACCAGGAGAAGACAUAGCAGAAAAUAUUGUCAGAUGCAUCGGUUCAUCGAAGUGUAUCAUCUUGCUGUUGUCCAAAAGCUUUAUUUCAAGCCCAUGGUGUCAGUACGAGAUCCAAGUCGCAUUGACUGAACUCCAUGAAAGACAAAGAAAACUGCUUGUGCCGAUUUUGAUACCGGACUGGACAUUGAAAGACAACAUCCAGGGAGCAGUGAAGUCAUUUAUAUCUACAAUUCCACCAACCAAAGCACCUGCUCUGAACGCACCUCAAAGAGAAUGGGAAAAGUUUUGGAAAACAUUCGAAAACUUACUGAAUGCAUAAUAAUAUUAAUCACAUAUCUUUUCAAAUGUCUAUAAUGAUGCAAUUUAGUUUAUUCCUAUCUUGUUCCUAUCUAUUCUGAACAAGCAAUAAAACUUGAUAUUAAAAGUGCUUAAGACCUAUUUUCAACAAUUAAAAAAA